UAGAGGGGAAAAAAAAACAGAUGCGAUGGGGGAAGUUUACGUGUGUGCGCGCGCAGGGUCUGACGCCUCCUUGAGCAUGUUAUAAUACAGAUCAGCUGAGAUAUAUAAAAGCGACAGCUUUAGUUUCGUGGAUCGGCCUAAACAGAAAAGCGCGGUCUCUAAAGCACCUGUAUCGAAGGGCAAACAUCCUAACAUACAGUGUUCCAUACAGUCCUCCUCCGGUAUGGUGUUCCGGGGUGGUCCUCGCUCCAUGCGCACUCAGCAGCAUCAGCAGCGCUCCUUCAGCCUGCGCUGGCUGUCGGUGUUGAUCGCAGCGCUUCUCAUCCUGUCCACAAGUGCCACCUGUGCGCAAUGCACCACGGUCGAGCAAGACCUACACAUCGUUCACAACGUCGACAACAGAAGCCCUGAGAUCGACCCGUUCUGGUAUGUGGGUCGCGGCGUGAGACCCAUCGGCCGUUUCGGGAAGCGCGAGAGUGACGCACCGUUACAGCACGCGCUUCUACUACUGCUGCUCAGCGCGCUCAGAAACACGGAGAGCGCGCGCAGCGGAGCCUCCUCCCCAAACACGGACUAUUACCCAGAAGUGCACAAAUCCUAUACUUGAACCGAAAAAGAAACAUGUUAGUUAUUAUUACUAGAAGGAAGACCAGCAACUAAAUCCACUUGAGUUAAGGUAGCUUAUUGAAGUACUAGUACUAAACUGUACUUUAUUAUCAAAAGGUAAAGGAAAUAUUACAUGCAUAACCAAUGGUAUACGUCAAAUGAAUGAAUUUACAGGAGGCAUACAUGUUAAAUGUCAAUUUUCUGUCCAACGACAUAACAGUUUAUGAAAGGUGCAUUAAAUACAGUAAACUGUUUUAAAGGUCUUUAAAAGUGUAAUAAAAUUUUAGUACUACUACAAAAGGUCGUUAAGUACAGUAGUGAGGGACCUGUGCUCAAUGUCUCUCUUUAACUGAUUAUAGUUCAUUAUUUUUUGUCUCCUAAUACCAGAUUUUAAUUUUUAUGUCUUAAGACGAUCAUUUUUUUUUCACUUUAUCUCUCAGUUGCUGUGUUUUCACUUGCGAAUUUAUUUAUUGCUUGAAUAUAGGCCUAUG